AUGGGAGGUAUGCGCAUCUCGUUUACCAUUCCGCUGAUUCAAUGCACAGACUCCUCUCUACCACCAAGCACGUCAGGGUCCCCUACGCCUUGGGGACCCCCUCGGAAGCCCAAACAGUCCGGCCAUGCUCUUUGGGUCGGGAAUCUCCCUGCUGGGACAAGCGUCGUGGAUCUCAAGGAUCACUUCUCUCAAGACGCUACGAAGGACAUCCAAAGUGUAUUUCUCAUAUCGAAGAGCAAUUGCGCCUUUGUCAAUUACAAAACAGAAUCUGCCUGCGUCGCAGCCCUGUCUCGAUUUCAUGACGCCAGGUUUCACGGGGUGAGGCUCGUUUGUCGCCUUCGGCGAGGGUUGGCCUCGCCUGGGAAGACUCCCAAUGUCGGCUUCUCAACCAGCUCGCCUGGGAACGAACACAGUGGCUCAAAGCUGUUAGACACCAACCCAGACAUUGAAGAAAAUUUGGAGACGCGUCCUGUCCAUGGCAGGCACGCAAAUCUAAGGCUACCUAACAGAUACUUCAUAGUCAAAAGUCUCACGGUCGGCGACUUGGAAUUAAGUAGACAAAGCGGAAUUUGGGCAACCCAAAGCCAUAACGAGGAUAAUCUCAAUCGGGCUUAUGAAAGUGCCUGUAAUGUUUAUUUAAUUUUCUCCGCCAACAAGUCCGGGGAGUACUAUGGAUAUGCUCGCAUGAUGUCGCCUAUCAAGGAAGAUGAAACCCUAGCCCUGGAGAUGCCCGUGCGACCUGACCAUGGUCCUCCUGAGCCAGAGGAAUUGCACGUGAUUCCAACUCAGGCUACAGCCACAGCGCCAACCGGACGAAUCAUAGAUGACUCUGCUCGGGGAACUAUAUUCUGGGAAGCGGAUUCAUCCGGGGAGGAUGAGGAUGAAGAUGAUGAUCAUGAUCUUGAUAGUGAUGAUGGUGGUGGUGGUGACGAUGACAGUAGCGAGAAAAAGGAGGAAGGCAAGGGGGAUGAGAGUAGUGAUGAGGACGAGACUGGGGGUGGGAACGAAAAGAACGCUGCUGAAUUAGUCGAAGAAGCUGCCGAGUCGGGAUUCCAAUCGAUAGGAAGGCCGUUCCGGGUCCAAUGGCUUUCAACAGAACGGGUCCCAUUCCAUCGCACUCGAGGUCUUCGCAAUCCGUGGAAUGCAAAUCGCGAAGUCAAGAUUGCCCGUGAUGGCACUGAAAUCGAGCCGAGUGUCGGGGAGAGGUUGAUUCGGUUAUUCAACACGCAACACCCAACCCAUCGGUUUCCGGUAUAUCACACUGCGCUACCCAACUGA